AUGAAAAUUAUUAUUUGUUUAUUAUUUUUAAUUGGUUUAUUAUCACCAUUUAAUAAGGCACAAGAUCCAGUAGGACCAAGUUAUUAUAAUGUAGUUUUCACUACAACUAAAGGUAACAUAGAAAUUGGAGUAGAUAGAUCCAGAAGCCCAUAUGGAAGUGAUAGAUUUUAUCAAUUAGUUACCACAGGAUUUUUUACAGAAACUGCAUUUUUUAGAGUUAUUCAAACACCAAGACCAUUUGUUGCUCAAUGGGGUAUCAGUGGUACUCCAAGCUUAAAUGAAAAAUGGAACAUUACAAUCCCAAAUGAUCCAAUUGUCCCAAGUGCAUCAAACGUUCAAGGAACAAUUUCAUUUGCCGCUGAAGAAAACUCAACUGGUACAUGUUGUAGAACUACUCAACUUUUUAUAAAUUAUGGAAAUAAUACAUUUUUAGAUAGUAUGGGCUUCACCUCUUUUGGUACCAUAACAAGUGGUUUCGACUAUGCUAUGCAAUUUUAUUCUCAAUAUGGUGAAGAACCAGAUCAAACAUUAAUUUAUGAAGAUGGUAAUAGUUAUUUACAAAACAAUUUCCCAUUAUUAGAUUAUUUAAAUGUUGCUCAAAUUAUUUCCGAAGAAUGGUAA